AUGGUCACGAAAAGUAAGCUGAAGAUGGCUUUGGCCGCCGACAAGGGGGUCGACUACAAGAAGUUGCACUUGAAGAAGAAGGAGAAGAUUGCGAGGAAAGGAAAAGCGAAGAAGCAUGGCGGGGAGGUUGAACCGACAAAUGGCAAGAAGGUCGAGGAAGAAUGGGAGGAUGUUGAAGAAGAGAGCAAUGAUGAAGGCGUCGAGUUGGAUGAGGAGGAGAGUGGCAGUGAAGAGGAGGUGGAUGGUCCUAUGAAGAUCGAUUUCGCCGGUAUCGACGAGAGCGACAGCGAUUCUUCAGCAGGCGAAAACGAUCAGAAUAAUGAGGAAUCAGAUGAUGAGGACGAAGAGGAUAUCCCCAUGUCAGAUCUCGAGGAUCUCGAUGAGGAGGAGAAGGAGGAUAUCAUACCCCACCAACGCCUCACAAUUAACAAUACCGUCGCCCUCACCGCAGCCCUGAAACGAAUUGCUCUACCCAUAUCGAAACUACCCUUCUCCGAGCACCAAUCCGUCACCACCUCCGAACCCGUCUCCAUACCCGACGUCUCAGACGACUUAAAUCGCGAGCUCGCAUUCUACGCACAAUCAUUAUCCGCGGUGCAAGAGGCGCGCAAGUCGUUGAAAGCAGAAGGCGUUCCGUUCACAAGACCUACAGAUUAUUUUGCAGAGAUGGUAAAGGCAGAUGAACAUAUGGCUAAGAUCAAGGCGAAGCUGAUUGACGAAGCUGCGAGCAAGAAGGCGAGUGCUGAGGCGAGAAAACAAAGGGAAUUGAAGAAGUUUGGCAAGCAGGUGCAGGUUGCGAAGAUACAGGAACGGGAUAAGGAGCGGAAGCAGACCAUGGAGAAGAUUAAGGUAUUGAAGAGAAAACGUCAAGGUGCUGAUACGGAGACUACAAAUGAAGCUGAUAUGUUCGAUGUUGCUGUUGAUGAUGAGAUCAAAGACUCCAAGGCCUCGAGGAAAGACAGACAAGGACCCAAUAAACGCCAAAAGAAGGACGAGAAGUUCGGCUUCGGCGGUAAGAAGCGGUUCAAGAAGAGCGGUGAUGCUAUGUCAAGUGGUGAUUUGAGGGGCUUCUCGUCGAAGAAGAUGAAAGGCGGUGCCAAGCAACGACCUGGAAAAGCGAGGAGGGCGGGCAAGAGGUAG